GCAUUAGAAUCGAAAAUGUGGAUUUCGAAGUUGCUCUUUUGUAGUGCGUUUUUAGUUUGGGCGAGUGCCGAAGAAGUCCUUCUUGACAUCCCUCAAGGAACACUCAAGGGGUUGAAAACAACCACAAUUACUGGUGGAAAACCUUACUACAGUUUCAAGGGUAUCCCAUACGCCAAACCUAAUGUUGGACCGAAUAAAUUCAGACAACCUGAAAAGGCAGAUCCAUGGCAAGGUGUUUUAGAUGCUACCAAACAUCGCUCAACAUGUGUCUUCUACUGUAUGAUAAGAGACGGCUUGUUCGGAGAAGAAGAUUGUCUCUACCUCAAUAUUUAUACUCCUGCUAUUAAUAAAGACGCUCGUAAAGCUUCUAUGGUGUUUAUCCAUCCUGGUGGUUUCGAAGCAGGCUCAGGAGAUGACGAUAUCUUUGGACCGGAUUUAAUAAUCGACGAGGAUGUUAUCCUUGUUACCAUGAACUUCAGAUUGGGUGCACUUGGUUUUAUCAGUACUGGUGAUUCUAAUGCUCCUGGAAACGCAGGUAUGAAAGAUCAGGUGAUGGCCUUGCAAUGGAUAAAAGAAAAUAUUCAAAACUUUGGUGGUUGCCCCAACAGAGUCACCUUAGUAGGACAGAGCUCUGGAGCUGCUUCUGUACAAUACCACAUGCUUUCUCCCAUGUCGAAGGGCUUGUUCAAAAAUGCUAUUAUGCAAAGCGGUUCGGCUUUGAGCGGCUGGGCCAUCUCUUGUAAUCCAAAGGAAAGGGCUUUCAAAUUGGGUGAAGUUUUGGGAGUAAAAACCACCGAUUCGGCUGAGCUCAUUAAGAAACUAAUGGAAUUUUCUGCAAAGGAACUUGUCGAUGCCAGUAAAGUAGUUGCUGAAGGCCUGAAUGCAAUGAAUGGUCAUACGCACGCAUUUGUGCCAGUAGUUGAACCACAAGUAGGACAAGAAGUAUUUUUGCCAGCUGAUCCAUGGGAGUUGUUGAAAUCCGCCAAAUUCGCUGAAGUUCCAGUGUUGAUUGGAGUUACUUUAGAAGAAACUGCCGUCUUUGCACCAAUGAUGCUGGCACAUGCGGGCGUUAUGAACGAUUACUUCGAAGGAUUUGUACCCAGCGAGCUCAACAUUACUGACGCUGCAAAACUUAAGGAAAUAGGAGAUUCUCUCAGAAAGUUCUACUUAGAUGGAAAAGCUCUCUCCACAGAAACGGCUGCAGAAUAUAUUAAGAUGACGAGUGAUAUUAUGUUCAAUGAAGGUAUUUUAAUGUCGGCACAAAUCAUGGCAUCCAAAAGUAAACAGCCUGUUUACGAAUACCUGUUUUCAUAUUACAGUCCAAUAGGAAUCAUGAAAAAUUUGAUGAAACAGCAAGAAGGUGUCACGCACGGUGACGAGUUUGUCUACGAAUUUUACUCAAACGCAUUUAAACACAAGGCUGAACCAGGAACUCCGUUUGAAAAAAUGACCAGAACUUUCAUAAAACUCUGGACAAACUUUGCCAAGUAUAGAAAUCCAACAAACAAAUUGGACGAUGACAUCACGGAAAAUUGGGAACCUCUCGGUCCGGAAGGAAACUACAUGAAUAUAAAUUUGCCUCUAAAAAUGGAGAAAGGUCUUUUUAAAGAACGUCUCAGUUUUUGGGCAAAUCUCUAUAAAGAUGUUUUGGGAGAAUACGCAAGUCUCUUUUCAUAAGUGAAAAUUCACUCUCGAAAAUCCGCUAAAUUUAAUUUAAACAAUUUCAAUU